AUGCAUGCAACUUGCUGCAUAUAUUUUACUACAGUACUCUGCCAUCAUCCAUUAUUGGAUAUAUGCAUGAGCUGCUGUGUUGAUUUGUUGAUUAUUAUUGAUAUUAGUUGUUUACAUAGAACACCCAUGGGAUUGCAUGCGUUGAACAUUCAUACACUUCUGGUGCACACUGGAUUUGUCUUCUCGCCGGCUAUUGCGUAUGUCCCGCAGAUUCUUUCGAGAGACAUUCUCAUUUCACCACUUAUCUCGAUGCUAUUCAUAAUGUCGAACAUACUAAAGCUGUUCCACUACUGCUUCAGAAAGUACGACGAUCUUGUGCUGGCACAGCAUGCAUUUGCAAUUUUGCUGCACCUGUGUCUGAUAAUGAUGAGCAGAAGGCCUCUUGGAGGCUUUGAGACAAAGAUGCUUGGAAGCGGAGCAACAAGGAUGCUUUUCAGAAGCUAUGGAACCAAGGGCAGUGUCAUUGGAAUACUGAUUAUGUUUGCAUUGAGUGUGAAUUUGCUAGGAAUGACAUACAGAUCCUACGAGCAUUGCGGAAUGCUUUCGUCAGUUUUUGAAAUAGGAAUAAAUUUGCUGCAGCUAGUAUUGGAAAGAAGAGAAGCAAAAGCUGGAAGCAUGAAAGGCGAAGUAAAGAGAUCGCCAAAGGAAGUGUAUGUAUGCUGGAUUCUUGGAGACAUAGUCAAGAUAUGGUUUUUUUGGGGCCUUGAUGUGCCUUUGACGUUUAUUGUGACGAUAAUGGUUCAAAUUCUGAUCGAUAUAUUCCUGGUGCUUGCAUGA